AUGUGGCAUCCCAAAACCAUCCUCCUCGCUCUCGUCCUCGUCGCCGUCUCGCUCCGAGCGUGCACGGGCAGCACGACUGGCCUGAGCGGCAAGCCGCUGGUGACGGACGUGAGCUUCAACCCCACCACCCACGCCUACACCUCGCCACUCGACCACGGCCGCCCACUCCUCCUCGACGUCUCCGGCGCGGCCAUCUCCAUGCCGUGCACCGCGCCGACGCCGCCGCCGACCACGAAAGUGACGCUCGUGGCCUCGGAAACCGACGGCAAGAAGCUGCUGCAGCAGGUCAACUUCCCGGCCACCGCCUCCUGCGGCGCACCGCCUGUCGACGGCGCCAUAGGCGUCGCGGGGCUCGGGCCCUCGCCGCUCUCCUUCUCGUCACAGGUCGCGAGCCUCCAGAAGAUCCCCAACAAGUUCGCGCUCUGCCUCUCCAGGAACCCCAAUUCCCCGGGCGCGGCCAUCUUCGGCGGCGGCCCGCUCUUCUCUCCUGAGGUCAUCACGACCAGGCUGACCCGCCGGCCCGCGGAGAUCCUGGACGUUACCAAGAUCAUGUCCCCCGAGAUCCCGCUCCGCUUGCCGCCGCACGCCGGGGCCCUGCACCAAGUCUCGGCCCGCGGCAUUGCCGUGGACGGGAAGCCCCUGGCCGUAACCGGAGGGGGACAACCGAUCGACAUCGGGUUCUCCACGAGGAACCCCUACACGGAGCUCCGGGACGACGUGUACCGCGGCGUCCUUGACGGCAUCGAGAGAGCCCUGGGCCCGAACGCGGCCGGCGCCAAGGUGCCCGCGACGGCGCCGUUCGAGCUGUGCUACGACUUGAAGCGGCUCAACGUCUACGUGCUGCCCCGGGUGGAGUUCAUGCUGGAGGGCGGGCAGAGCUGGAACAUAGUAGACAAGGCCGACGUCCACGACAUGGAGCACAGCGGCGUCCAGGCCGUGUCGUCGUCUGGCAACAACGCCGCCUGCUUCCCGUACGUCAGGAUGAAGCAGCAGCCGAGUGAAGGGAUGCCGGCGGUGGUCAUCGGAGGGUUCCACAUGGCCCACAGGGUCGUCGUGUUCGACCAGGACAAGCAGAAGCUCAGCUUCACUCCGUCCUUCAUCAGCGACCAGCCGGCGCUCGGCUGCGGGCGCAGUGCCUAAUUCACACUGCCUAGUACA